UGAACACUGAACACAAUAAUGUAAUGUAAUCAUGUGAACUGUAAAUAAUAAUAAAAAUAAAGAGGCUCAAAAAUCCAAUUAUUACAUUGGUUAAAGAGUGUACUAUUUAUAUUUUUAUUUCGGAACUACUUAACAAUACAAGUAGAAGCAAGAAAAUUUGCGAAAUGUCCGCCGAAAAUAAAUUCUUUGGACCUUUAACAUUACACCAGAAAAUUCAAAAGGAUAAUAUAUUCAAGAGCGAUGAGCCUGUAGAAGUGCAAUGUGUUUUGUGUGAUAGUAAAUACGUUUUACCCACCUUUGAAAAAGAUAUGCUGACGCAUUUUUUUAUGGAACAUCGUCUUGUAAUAGCUGAUGUAAGCGACAUAGCUGAUUUGCCGGGCUAUGUAAAGUAUUGGAAGUCUAGAUUUAAAGAUCAAAAUCUACCAUACUAUUGUACAACUAUGCUGUUAGAUAAUAAACCUGAUGGAACAAAAUCCAAAAAUGAAGAAUACUUCCUGUUAAGUGAUGUUUUACCAGAAGAUAAGGAGUUGAGGCUAAACUUAAGACAAAGUAAAUUAGAAUCACUACUGGAGCGACAUGCGUAUGAAAGGGAGGAUAAAAACUACACAAAGGAGUGUUUGUUCUGCCGUUACACAUCCGUAGGCACUAGAGCUAUGUAUCUCAAUCAUUUGUAUGAAAAACACAACUUUCAUAUCGCUAAGCCAGAAAACCUUGUAUUUAUUGACAAUCUAGUUGACUUUAUCAGUUCCAAGUUAGAGCAGCUUCAUUGUAUAUAUUGUGAAGGUAUAUUCAAAGAUCGCACUAUACUGAAGGAGCAUAUGCGCAAGAAGGGCCAUAAGCGAAUUAAUGCUCAAAAUAAAGAGUAUGACAAAUUUUUCCUAGUGCAUUAUAUUGGAGAUAAACCUACUGUAAAACCAAAUCAACACAAGAAAUUGAGUAAGCCUAGGACUAAUGUUGAUAAUGUUUCUAAUGUGGAUAGUGACCCUGAGUGGUCCGAAUGGACUGAAGAAAACGGACCUGCCAUCACCUGUUUGCUUUGUGAUCAUACAGAGACUGAAUAUGAGAGUAUUUUAGACCACAUGGAAAGAAAACAUGAAUUCUUCUUUGCAAAGGCAACAGCAGGUAUGGAUUUUUACCAAAAAGUUAAAAUUGUCAAUUAUAUCCGACGUCAAAUACAUUUAAAACAAUGUUUGUCAUGCGAUACUAAGUUUGAUGAUCGAAUUAACUUAGAAAAGCACAUUAAAGAGACAAAUCAUUGGGUUCUACAGAGGGCAAACUGGGACCAACCGGAAUAUUACUUUCCUACUUAUGAAGACGAUUUGUUCCUUUGUUUUAUACAAGAUGAUGAUGAAAGUUGGUGGUCCAGUGACGAUCCAGAAGUAGACAGAGAGAAUAACUUGUCAGAUAAUAUAUCUAAGGAAAUGGCAAUGGCCGUGCUGAGUGAUUAGGUAUUUGCUACAUUAAGCAGAAGACUGAUUUUAAGGCUUUGGCCUACAUUGCUAUAUUGUGCUUUGUGUGAUGCCUCACUAAACCCAAGUCAAUGUGUUAAAGACAAAUUAGGAUGUUGUACUUCAAAUAGAAUUAUCGUAUGGGUGAAGUGAAAACCUUUACUGGGUCCGAAACCAGUGCAAAUAGUACUGAGGGAAGCAAGGAGCAAUAACUUUUCAUGAUACUUAUUAAAACCCUUGAUAAAAAUAUUUUGAAAUCGUACUUUCUCUAACCUAUAAAAGUCUUAGCAUAACAUUUACUGGAAAUCAGGCCUAACAAUCAUCUACAUACAAUAAGAUUUUAGUAGAAAAAGUUCUUCACACAAAAUGAAGUCAGAUUCUGCGUAGAAGUGAUCACCCAAUAGUUCCGUAGUAGGUGUUGUUUUGAAGUACUGGUAUAUAUGGAAUAGAUAUGGAUGGACAGGUAGACUGUCACUACAGUAUCCCGGUACAAUCUUUGUCUGCUAGAUACCAAUUUAUAUUAUUACCCUGUUGAGUAUGCUUUACAAGGUUGGAGAGACAGGAUGGACCACAGUGAUCAUACCACCAUAUGACCCGUGUGCAUGGAGCCUUGUUUGCCCUUCUCUUCUAAAAAAAAAGGGUUUUGGCCUGACAGGUGAAGUUGUGGUGCCUUUGCAGGUUGUGAUAUUUUUGUGGACAUUGAAAAUUUCAUUAACAGUUUACAUCCCUAAAUAAUAGUGGUCCAUGAAUUGUUCGCAUUCCCCCAUAAUAAUUGAAAAGGAUAUAUUGGUCUGGCGGAGGAUAAUCUAGUUUAACCAAAAAAAUUAAAUAGAUAAUAUAUUCAGAUUUAUGUCCUUUUUUGACACCUCAAUUUAACAAAUUAUUACUUCUUUAAGUUAAGCAUUGUGAAAAAACUUGUGUAUAUGCAUUAUAAGUGAUAGUUCUUACACAAUUCCUUGUUGUUAUAUUUUUAUAUAUGACACUUCUCUGACAAAGUUGCAAUAUUCUGAAAAAUCUAAAUGAGUAAAAGUUACACAAAUUAAAUUUUAAAACAAAAUUUAUGGUCGAAGCGUUCUCUCUCGCGUUCCGCGCGAGCGCUCUUCCACUGAGCCAAUCGUUAUAGUGACGUCACGUUCAUAAAUCUUGGUAUGGUAGUGGAACAGCGCUCGCACGGAACGCGAGAUUAAUUUUGUUUUCAAAUUUAAUUUGUGUAAUUAAACAGAAGUUAGGGUGAUACUUUAAAAAAAUUAAUUGUUGAGUAUAACUUAUUACCGGACAGUUGAUUGAUUGCAUCUUACAUAUAGUUUUAAAAUGUUGCUUCCUUUUUUCAUCAUAGGGAUAGGAACUAAAUCUGUUUAACUACCACUUAUAAAGCAUGAAAUAUGUAAAGUAUUUGUAAUAUACUUAGAUAAUUAAUAUAUCUAGACAGAGUCUCUUGCUGUUAGACAACCAAUAAAAACAGGCCAGGAAUAUUAGUUUAGUGUGCGUGAAUUGCUCAAAAUAGAGGCUAAUCUCGUACUAAUUCUAAACUCAAUUUUUUUCGACGUUUUCACAGCUGUCAUAGUCUGUCGAGACGUAAAAAUUAUUUAAGGUAUAACCUCUGAAACAUAAUAUUAUGAAAGAAAAAAAAAAUAUUGUAUGAAAUAUUAUAUGCUGUCAUAUGCGAAUAGGAUGAUUGCUAGGAUAAAAUAGUAGACUGUUAACCGAGGGUCGAAAGAAUCAAUUCCCGAGGUAUUUAGACGCCCGAGCGCAGCGAGGUCGGCUAUAGUCCGAGUAGGAAUUGAUACUUUUACCCGAGUUAAACACUCUAAUUUUCAUUUCGAAUAUGAGGAAAAUAAAACUAGUUGUUCAUCUAAGCACAGAUUAGUAUCCCGCCAAUUAAUGUCGACUUUUUAAAUUUUAAAUAUAGAACUUACCGCGUAAUUGUUGCGGUUUAUUCCUCUCAAAGAAGUUUGCGCUAAGUUCACACUGGCUGUUUAGGAAGUCACAUGGCCACAGCAUUUUUUUUAAUUAGUUCUUUUUACAUAAAACUUCACUUCACAGCAGUUCUAUUUUUAAAGUUCAUUCCGGCCCUUAGGUAGGAAGUAUUUUGUAUGAGUUUUUCCCUCUCUAUGGAGGGAAGCAGCAUUUUCAACCCAAUAAUCAGAUUAAGACACAAACAACAACGACAACAAAUACUUUCCGAGCAUGAGAAAUGAAAUUAUCAGCUGUCUAAAUAGCUCAUUAUUUUGUGAUUUGUUGCAAUUAGUUUUGAGCAAAGUCUGAUAAAAAUAAGUUCCUGUUACGCUUCUGAUUUAUUCAUCGUCUGCUAUCUAAAAGGAAUGGUUGUGAUAACUUAACGAAUGUCUUAACAUGUGGGAUGUUGUCCUCAAUGAAGCUAAAAUGGGCAAGUGUGAGACUGUCUUCCAAACAGAGAUUGAAUUCCUCUUAUGAAAUAAUGAAUACAUAGACUUUGAAUUAAAUAAUAUAUUAAAUGGGUAUUCAAGAAACCGCAAACCUUCAUUUCAUUUUAAUUUUACUUAAUUCAUCACAAAUUGAAUACAUACAUACAUACACAUAUAAAGUGGCCAUUAUUAAACUUUUAACAUUAUUAAACAUUAAAAAUCUUUGACCCUAAGAUUUCAGUAGCUUACGAGAAUCACAAGAGCUGUGGCAGAAAGUUGAUUGAAAACCGUACUGUAGAAGAACGCCACACAUCUGUUUCUUUAAUAUGGAGCCCAAAAUUCGUCAUUAAAUUAACCAAAAUUUUGAUGGUGCUAUUAAAUAACAAGUGUUUUAUUUUAUUUGAUUAGUGCGAUUAUAUCAGAUUUUAUGAUAUAAUUUUAAAAGGAUAAAGAAAUGUGUAACUUUAACUGACUUUUACAUCGAUGAUUUGGUAUAUAUUUUCGUAUUUUUUUAAAUUCUAUUUUUUAUGACAAGAGAUGACGAGACUACAUCUACGUUCACCUGAUUGUAAGCAGUACGAUCUGCCUAAUUCAGGUUCAAAUAAUUUUAUUUAAAAUUGGAUAUAAAAUCACUUAUUAAUAAUGGUAAUCAUUUUACUUGUUGAUAGGUAAAUAGUUGAUGAAUUUUAUUUAUUUAUUCAAGCAAACUUUACAGCAUUUCUAUUCUGUAAAUUAAUACUAUAAACUAUACAUGUAUUUAUGCCUUUAACAUAGAUUGGCAGGUUAAAUUAUAAUGUAAUAAUAACGCUGGUAAUUAAAUGGUAAUUAUAUAAAAAAAGAAUAAUUCCUGAAUAAUAAUAAUAUAAUAUAUUAUAACUUAUAAUAAUAUAAAAACAGUAACACAACAUGAAAUCCUAAAACUUAAGAAAAAGCAAACAAAAAAAAGUAUUUUAGAAAAUAAUGGCCUCUGACACUAGAUGAACACGCGAAUAGAGCGCCCUCUAUACUAUAAUAAAUCCCAAAAAUUACGCGCUAGGUGCGUGUCCGCACUACUGGCAAGACGUUUACGAAGAGCCGCACUGAAAUGAUUUCCCUUUCUGAGGUUGAGUUACUUUAAGUUGAGUUGUUUUAAGUCAAAAACAAUAGGGACCCAUUCGGAAAUGAAUGUCUCGACCUGCGAAUAAUGAACUUUUAGGUUUUUUUUAUAAAAUGUCGAUACCUACAAUCAAAUUUAUAAUUUAAAUACCUAGCCUGACGGCGGUUUAUGUUAAGUGACCUACAUAAACAUAUUUUAACAAUUCUUUUGAAAUUCGUAAUACAUUUUUUGUUUUUUUACUUUUUCUGGAAACUUUUUGUAAACAUAUGUAUAUCGCCCAACUAAAGACGUACACCUAAAAGUACUUUGUGGCAUAAUACGUCGCUCAGGGUUCUUAAAAAAAAACACAUAAUUCUGACAUUCUGUUAUGUGAAUAAUAUUAUGUAGGUCAUACACAAAUAAAAUUUGAAAAACAAAAUUUUAUGAACGAUGCGGGACUCGAACCCACGACCUCUGACGUUCCGUGCCGGUGCUCUAACCUGAACUUGAGCUAACCGUUCGAGUACCUCCUCGUUAUAAAAUUCUGUUUGCUUUGUUCAACUCUCAGGUUGUGGCUUCAUCUCAUCGUUUAUAAAAUUUUGUUUUUCAAAUUUUAUUUGUGUAUUAAUCCUAGAAGUGAGGGUUAUCACUUUAAAAACAUAACAUAUUGUAUGUAUGUCAUGUGAAUAGUAUAAUAUCAACAAUGUAAAAUGGUUGUAUAAUAAAGUUUAAAAUACCCUAAUAUGAUA